AUGGGCGAUCUAUCCGUUGCCAUUACCUCUGAAGGCAACGAACGACGUCCUCCUUUACCCGGUGCCCGCACGGAUGCAUCUAAUAAAGGAUUUACGCUGAGCUUCAACGAAUGGCAAGCUUUUUUGGCUGUUCUAGAGAGCGGAAGGAAUGGCAAGGAUCGAUCUAUAGACAAAGAGAAUUAUGCAACCUUGUCUUCCAUUUGUCUGCGACUGCGGCAGGACGAAAUACAUUGCCCUUUAGUAGUUUUGACUGUGCAUGCCUACGCGUGGUGGGCGAAUGGGAUUAGUGACGAGGUGUUCAUGCAACGUCUGAGUGCCUUGCUAGAGCAUGUAUUUGACUCGGAUCAGGGCUUCCAUGUCGAGGAAUGUAACCAAGAGUGGUCGGACUCCAAAGAGACGCUCAGGGCAAGCGAUGAGCAGCUUGACUGUAACCAAAAUAAAGUGUCCAAAAGGGGAUUACUAAAGAAGGGGCUCAAACGUCUUUCCAAUACGUUAAGUUAUCCUAUUAGGUAUUCUAAAAUAGCACGUGGUGAAACUCUCGACGUCGCACAAAAAUCACCCCCUUUAACGGCUACAUCAUCUGCCUUAUUGCAUAUACCUGAGUUCCGAGAUUUAGUUUGCCUGUUUGGGGGUCUUUUAGAAAGGCGCAUUGGUUCAGAUUUCAGUCCUGAUGGCCAGAAUUUAACUACUUCCGAUAUGUAUAGACCCAUUCAUCACUUUCAUGAGAAAGAAGAAGCUGUUUUACUUCAAUCCCUAAUGGACCUUAAAAGUGAUCGCCCGGUUGCUCGCGUAGCACUGAGCCUUUCAUUAGCGAUUUAUGCCAUCAUGUAUCCUCUACCGACGUACGCAAAAGAGGGUAUUCAGCAGCUACGCUUGCUGGAGUCCGCGUUGCAGGUACAUCGUGAAAAGCAGCGGCGCACUGCGAGCAACCGCCCUUUUGCAGACAAAGCUGUCGAAAAGUUCACAGAUGAUUUCCCUUCAGUUGGGCAUCUCGAGGACGCACUUCUGCGCCGCCAGUACGAUCUUGACGCGCGUGAAUGCCUUUCUUCUGUUGGGAGAGACCUAGAAAAUAGCUUGGUUCUUCGGCGUCAAGCCCGCGAAGCUGCAGAUUCUAAGGUGUUGUCUGAGAACUCAAAUAACCUAUCUUCUUCCCUCCCAUUCAAUAAUAUGAACUUAGCGGAGCGAUGGGAGUACUGCAAGUCGCAGUAUAUCGGACAACGACAUGUGUGGGAUACCCUAAAGGUACAUUUUUUAUCUGCUGGCGUUUUUGACGUGAACAAACCCACCGUUAAGAUUUUUUUCGGGCCCUCCGGUUACGGUAAGUCGGAGCUUGCAAAGCAAAUAGCGAGCGCGAUUCACGGGAUCCCCGUUCAAAAUCUAGAGUCUUCAGGUAAGCUCAUUUACCUGCACAUGCCGUCUUUCUGCACGAAGGAUAGUAUCUACUCACUUGUGGAUCCGCCGGCUGCGCAUGUUGGAGACGGCAUCCUCCUUUCUGCCCUGCUUCAACAUCCCGACGCCGUUGUGGUGCUUGACGAAUUCGAAAAGAGCACCACGGAGGCAGUUCAGCACAUCUGGCUCUCUGCUUUCCAGAAAAAUGGCGUCCUGCGCUCGUUGAAGCGCGCUGAUCGCUCGGUCUCGACGGUGCGCACGACUUUUAUCCUAACCUGCAAUAUCGCCUCCGAGACGAUCGAGGCUCGCCGGGCGCUCUACCUUGGGCUGAGCCUGAGCGACCAGGCCAUUGCGCGAGAGGCCUUCGUGGAGGUCUGCAAGGGUUUCUGUCGCGGCACGCUUGGGGACCCCUUCGUGAACCGCGUGGACUACUUCUUCCCCUUUGUACCCUACACCGACGCGGAGCGGGAGCAGUUCGUGCUGCUGCUGCUGGAACGUCUUCUCUCGGCGCAGGCGGGAAAGGGCCGCGUACUGCACCCCACCCCGCGCGCCGUGCGGGCCAUCACCGCCAGCCUCGAGACCUUCCACGGCGAGACGGUUGAGGCCGCACUGCGGCCCCCGCUCCUCCACAUGGCCCAGCGCGGCUACCGUGAGGCCGUGCUCACGGUCGCGGAGCGCAUCGCACCCGGGCCCCUGUCCUUCAUCCUCAUCCCCUGCCACGCCCUUGCGAACAGAAAGGAAGAGGGCGAAGAAGAGGGGGAGGGAUGGGAAGCGGGGCUGACCUGGGCGAGCCUCCCCACCGGCCCCGCCUGUCUCGCCGCGUGGCACAGGGCGGCAACGGGGGAGGGCGCGGUGGCACAGCCCGUGAGGGUCAAGACCCCCCCGAUAGCCUCCACACAGGUCCCUUUUCAACUCAGGACGAUUGCGGAAACACCCACCGAAGGGCGCAAUUGGCCCUCUGUGGCUCUUCCAGGGCCCGCAGUUGGCUCUGGAACCACGACCAUCGUGCGGUCACUUGAGGCGGGCGAGGUUGUUUACCAGAUGGAUUUUGAAAAAGUGCAAGCACUUCAGGUUGAGCUGAACAACGUCAAGGAUGUGUUGUUGGCAACGGAAAAGGAACUGGAGUUUUAUAAGAAAAAGACAGUGCUGCUUGAGAAGCUUUUGGGUGUGGUGUUGCUAGCGCUUGGUUGCUGCCUGAGUGUACUGUAUGUCAUUAUAGGGUUGAAGCUAACCUUGUUCCUAGUUUUAUCAACAGGAUUUAUUGCAUUUGGGUUGUUAGGCCUUCCAUUACGGCUAAUUUACGACGCAGCGCGUGCACUUUUUAAUACCUUAGGUCCAUUCAAAAGUGCUGUUCUAUUGGCUUUUAUUCUUCUAUGGGGAUCACGGGCACUCAAAGGACUUCGAUGUGAAAGCAAAGCAUAUCUUUGA